AUGCUAAGCGAAGAUGAACUAGGUGACAGAAUAUCAACAAGAGUGAUUAAUGAGUAUUCGAAACUAAAACCUAUUUGUAGACCAGUAACAAGGCCUACAGGCGUCAAGGAGUGGACAGUACUAGCCGGUAUUGUAGCUAUUAACAGAAAGAAUGAUACAAACAAUAUAGACGUGCUUUCAAUGGCUACUGGUGUAAAAGCGAUGCCAGAUUCUGAAUUAAGAAGAAGUGGAGGGAAAAUUCUACACGAUUGUCAUGCGGAGAUACUAGCCUUGAGAGGUCUUAAUACCGUUUUAUUAAAUCAUAUAAAAGAGUAUAAUCCAGCUAAUGGUAGCGACUUUAUUCAAAGUAACGACGAGACGCCACCAAGGUUCAAGCUAAAGGACAACUGGGAGUUGGCAUUGUACAUCUCAAAACUGCCCUGUGGUGAUGCUAGUAUAGAUUUUCUGAACGAUAAUUGUAAAAAUGAUCAUGACUUUCCCAAAAUAGAAGAUGAUGAUGAAUUUCAAUAUGUCAACUCUAGUGUGAAAACAAUACUGAGGGGGAAUCUAAAUUUCAACAGGAAAAAUGUCGUAAGAACCAAGCCAGGAAGGUAUGAUUCGAACAUCACUUUAUCUAAAUCUUGCUCUGAUAAAUUAUUAAUGAAGCGACUAUCAUCAAUACUAAACGCUUUGAACUACGAGUUAUUUGUACAACCUGUAUUUUUAAAAUAUGUUGUGAUUCCUGGUUUAGAAAAUGAAGUAAAGCAUGUCCUGAAGCAAUCUUUUCACGAUCGUCUACCUAAUGCCAACCAUGAAACCAUAUUCAUGAGUUGCAACACAUCAUUUUACGAUGAUAAGGCAGGUGAGGAGGAUGUACCUAGCCUAAUGUGUAGUAUCAAACUCUUUAUGAAUGAUCAUACUAAUGAAGAAGCAAUUCUCAAUGGAGUGAAGAAUGGGUUUUAUACUAAGUCAUCCAAACCACUGAGGAAACACUGUCAAUCGCUUGUAAGCCGGUUUGCACAAUGGGAAUUGUUCAAGCAGAUUAGACCAGAAUAUGAGGGGAUGAGUUAUCUGCAGUUCAAAUCUUCUCAGAAAAGGAGGACUCGAUUAAUCAUCGCGAUAAAGGACAUCUUAUCACCAGAUGGUUGGAUACCCACCAAAAUAGAUGAUGUACAAUAA